AUGUCAGGUUGUGGACUAAUUUCUAGAGAUGAUGCAGGUAAUAGCAAUGGAUUGCGAGGAGGGGCAUGUUACUCACUAGAUCCAGAGCAAGCGGAAACUCAAGCACUACUGGAGGCAGUGAUUUGGGCAAAGCAACAAGGAUGGGAGAAGAUUGAGCUGGAAGGAAAUUGCCAAAACGUAAUAACAGCACUGAAUGGCAAUAUUGAUGCAGAAAAAAAAAACGCAUUUUCUACAAGUUAUUCUAAAAUAACGGCGUUAUGGAGUGCAGGACCUGUUCUUUAUAGAUCUGGUUACCGUCUAGGCUGCAAAAGAAAUGUUACAGAUUCUCAUUUUACUUCAACUCCUGUUGUUGAUCAAUGCGAAGCUAGUGUUUAUAUUUCUAACACUUACGGAGAGCUCCACGCAUUGGCAAUUGGAAAUCCUCAAUUCAAAUGGAUUCGGGAUUUAAGUGAAUUUGAUAAACCUGUCACAAUAACCCCAGGAAACAAUGGUCUUGUGUAUGUUACUUUCCCUGUUAAGGCUCUUUUGUUGGCAUUAGAUGUUUCCACCGGAAAUAUUUUGUGGAAGAAGAAUAUUGGCCCUCUAAGUACAAUAGAUUGCUCUCCAAUAGUCGAUUCCAACGGUUGGAUAUCCAUCGGUUCACUGGAUGGUUUCCUGUACUCAUUUUCACCUUCUGGAGAUCUUAGGAAAUUUCCGAAAGCAAAUGAGCUUGAUUCAGUUGCUCUAGUUAGUCCACUCCUACAUUCCUCUGGAUAUGCAAUCUAUUUUUCUCAAACUGUUAUGGAGGGAAAAAUUAGUCGAACUAUUGGUGAUUUCACUUACAUUUCUGCAAUGAAACCCAAAAAUGUUGUAUUUACUAUGUUAGUGCCAGCUACUGGAUCUGUAUACUGGUCAGGAACUUACACUGGUAUGUCUACUUUCUGUCAUUCUUGUUCUGGCCAAUUCGCGUCGUUCUUGAAUGAAAGCAUCCUACAGCACUUCACAAUGGAUGAGAGAAUUCUUCUUGCUUUUGAAUUAACUGCAGGAAAUACGGGGAACCAUCUGCGAUGCCACACAACACGUCAGAAGCUUACUUCGAGCUGCUCCCUGGCAAAGCCUAAGCAUCUCAGCAUUGACACAGGGAAUGAAAGCACAAUGCUACUAUUUCUGUUAUUUGAGUCUCUUGUUUUGAUAAUAAUGGCAUGUGCCGUCCGUUUCUGCUGUAUAUUUUGGGGAAAGGAAAAACUCAAAAACCAAAACCUCGGAAGAUUUCUAGAGAAGAGGCGUUUGCUCCGGACGAAGAAAAAGGUAUUUGAUCGGGCAAUUACUGCGCUAAAGCAGAAGGCGGCAGCAGAAGAAGCCUCGACACAUGAGGUAAAGAUAUUAGGAGACUUGGUUAAACAAAGAGAUGUUAUAGAACGGAAACUCUCGACAACAUAUAGCUUUGGGAGAGAUGAAUGCAAUAAGUCAAUAUCAAAAUCUGUUCUUCCAUUGUACGAUGACAAGACAUAUACUUCAUCAAGUGAGGGUAUAAGUGAUUAUGGUAGUAGUGGUGGUAGUUUUAGUCGAGAAGAUGAAGCUAAGAAUUUGGGUUACUAUGGAGACGGAGAAUCUGCUCUAAAAGGAAAAAAGAAGGUAGAAAGUGAUGAAGCUGGACCUUCUAAUACCAGUGCUGGGAAAUUCAAAGAGAAGAAUUGGGAGAGUUCUGCAGUGGCUACAUCCAGUUUUACGCAUCCAUUAUACAUCCAUGGGGAGAAGGGUGGUGGUAGUAAGAGCAACCGGUUGAGGAGGACAUUAUCUUCUAUUAACUAG